GAGCCUAUCAGCCUGCUGGAGCUUGGUCUCUUUGCAGCAAGCGGAAAGCUAGUUGUGUGCUACCCGAAGAACUUCUGGCGCAAAGGAAACGUGCAGGUUAUGGCUAGGAAAUAUGGCUUCCCGCUGUUGGAGACGUAUGAGAAGUUCAUCCUAGUGGUCAAAGAAAGGUUGGAGAGACAAAGGAAGGGGAAUUUUCGGACUGUCUUUUCUUUCUAA